AUGAAUAAACGUUCUAGCCAUGAUGUUCGUCAACAGCAAGACCGACAACGACAAACAAGCAACCAUCGUGAUGACUGUGAAAGUGCGUCCGGUACCAAGACAAUGGACGGUAUGGACCAACCAAACCUUGCUCAUCAAAAAGCCAGCAAUCCUGAUACAAAUUGCUUUGAUGAAGUCCAGUUCCCCGAGGACAGGUACAUGAACGUUGCCAGUGGUAUCCAGCCAUUGCCGACCCCUGACCCACCCUCACUCCAUCGAGCGCGAAGGGUCAGAGAAGAGGAACCAGGGGCCUACGCUGUGGCUGGGAUUAGACCCAUCUUUCAUCGCCCGACAACCAAUGAUAGACCAUCAACUGUAGGGGCACCCAACACGGAUAUGCCAGGAUUGGAAAUGAUUCCUGUGACCCCACAUGUUGCAAAUCUGAUGGUCUUGUCCAUGCUGAACCAAUUGAGGAAACGGAAAAUGGGGAGAUUCCAACAGCAGAACCAAUAUCAACAAGGGCAAGAAAGUUAUGGGAGAAAAAAAUGUGUCUUUCCCUCUCCCUGGAGGCAAUUGUGGUCAUGCUUGCACUUGCUAGUUUUCUUUUGGUGUUUCUCUUGA